UUAAACCACAAUGUAAACAAUCGGUUGUGCUUCACCAAUAAAUCACAGCCAAAGCAUCGCGAGCAAAGGUGUUUUUUGGAUUGGUGUUAAACUGUGUUUUUGGUGUUUUGUGCGAUUUUUUUUAAUUGUUUAGGAAAUUUGAAAACCAUAGCGGUGAUUUAUUCGGCAUUUAUCGGAAAUUUAAUUUUAUAAAAGUGUAGAGCAGAGAGGAAAGAAAGAAAUUUCGAUAAAGAAAUGAGCGAGCUUAGCCAGGUUAAGUCGAUAGGGCAGUUAGCGGUUUUAACGCAGGAUAGGCAACAGGUAGUGCGACUGAUGCAGGAUGCAGGAUUGUUAAGGACAGAACAGGAAUGUGAGAAGUGCCACCACUCGAUGGUUUUGCGAGGUACGCAAAGAAGGAAUGCGUACAAAUGGAUUUGUGCAAACGACAAUUGUGAAGGUUCGGAAUGCUCUAUCCGAAAGGGUAGUGUGUUCCAAAACUCAAGAUUGUCGCUUGCACAACUUCUCCGCAUUAUCUUCGAGUGGUCGCAAAACUCGCACGUGAAGCGUACUAGGGCCGAGUCAGGUGUUAGCCGCAAAACGGUUAACGAAUGGUUUAAGCUUCAUAGGGAAAAAUGUAGUGCGUAUGUUGAGGAGAACAGCCGGCUGAUAGGAGGCCCAGGACUAACGGUGGAGAUCGAUGAGUCCCUCAUCGUAAGACGUAAGUACAACCGAGGCCGAUUGCCAAGGACUGGGGAGCUAUGGUUGGUAGGGGAUAUUUGUAGGGAAAUAACUUUUAUGUGCGACAUCGAACCACCAAUCCAUCUCGGAACCAUGUCCUGUCGACACUCUCACCAAGGACGGUUUUAUAUGAUGUAUGCCGCGUGCGGAGUGAGUGGCAAACGAUACUUCAUCUAA